AUGGCCGACUUGUCCGCCUUCUACAACGACCAGAUGAGUCGCGGUCGCCUGGGUUCUUUCGAGCGACCCCGCAGUCGACGCAGUUCGUCGCAGAGGUAUCGGCGCCGCUCGAACUCGCUUCCUGGAAGGCGCGGAUCACGGGACAGCCUGCGGCGUCAAAACGUCCCGCAGGAGCAGAUCUCGGUGAGCGUCGGCAAGCGCAGCGUCUCCAAGUCCGGGCUGGCCUGCGUGGUGUGCAUCUUCGUGCUGGUGUUGGCCGCGCUGACGAUGCUCAUCGCGAACCACCUGAUGAGGCCGCCGUUCGCCAGCGACCGCGGCGCUUGCGGCAGCGACGACUGUGUCCACCACGCCCGGCAGAUCCUGCGCACUCUCAACGCGUCGGCCGAUCCCUGCCUGGGCUUCCACGCGUACGUGUGCGGCAGCGGCGCGCGCUCGGACGACGGCGGAGAGGCGCGACCCGACGACGGCUGGAGGGAGACCGACGAGGGAAUCGGCAGCCUCGACGAGAUCGACCCGGCCUGGAGGUUGGCCCGGCUCUACGCCAAUCAAGUGAACAACAUCCUUGGCAAUCUUCAGCAGCUGCUUACCGUAAAGAACACUUCCGACGCUACACUGAAGGCGUUUUCAGCGCUGUCACUAUGCCUGCAGAGAGAACGCAAUCAGCAAGCGAUGUCCUUCGCGAUGUUCAUGAAAGAUAGAAAUCUUCCGUGGCCGCUACAGGCGUCGCGAUCUGUUGGGCUUGUCGAUGUGGUCGACGUUCUCCUGGACUUGAGCAUCAACUGGAGGGCGUCAAUUUGGGUUGACGUGCGGCUAUGGCACCUGAAAACGCAAACACUUGGCGGCCCCGUGGUGGUAAUCGACGAGCCCGGGCACGUGCCUUUGAUUCGAAUGGAACAAGUGAGCACGCUAAACGAUGUGGAGUACGCGAGUGCGGUUGAAAGAACAGCGCAGUUCAUCGUGCGCUUCAAGAACGGCAGUGGUACCGUUACUCGAGGUGCGUCAUUUAAUCACGCCGUAGAGAUAGAGCAACUGAAACGCGAUGAAACGGAUGUUCGCGAAGCUGUCUUGUCCAUGGAAGGCGGAGAAGACUCGUACGACACGCUCGUACCCCUGCAAAUGAUGCGGUUGACGAUGAAUUUCAAGCUGGAGAACUGGGUCGAUCUGCUCAGGAAGUACUUGGCGCCCGCAGGACUGAACGUUACGAUCGACACGGCGGUACUUAUACUGAACACCCGGCAGUUCAAAACCCUCACUAGGCUGAUGGAAAACAUCCCAGCGCCAAGGUUGCUGAAUGCCCUGGGGUGGAUGUUUGCGUACUCCUACUCCUGGGUAGCCAACUCCGAAUUUGAAUCCGUCAGCACUCAAAGUGGUCUAACCAGCGGCGGCGCGUCAGAGUAUGGUUUGUUGGCGCACGUCCUCUGUUUCGUGGCGGUUCACGAGUCCUUCGGCAUAGCGCUAGAACAGGCAAUGUUCCUGAACCACCUACCGAGCCAUGAGCGUCUUAAGGUGACCAAGAUAAUGAACGCAACCGCUCGCGGUCUCAUCGAAGCAGUGCGCGCAUCUCAGGGCGUCUCGAACACGACGAAGGCCGACGCAGAAGCAAAGAUUUCUCUCGUCUUAUCUCGAGAGUUGUGGCCGCCCCAGCCUUUCCUCAAUCUCCACGACUUAGAUGCCCUCUACGUACGCUUCCCAUCAGUGCGUGCCCAGGACUUCUACGCGUCUUGGCGUGAGACGCGAGCGGCUCUCAGGACUGCGUUGUCCGAUCGCUACCACGGGACCUUGAUGACGGCUAAGUUGAGGGGCUACGCGGAGGAUAUUCUCUACAUCUACUCGUUAAACAUCAUUCUACUCGACCUUCCGUCCGUGUUUCCGCCGAAGUACCUCAGGUACGGCAACUCGGUCAUGGCGUUCGCUGGUUUGGGCUUCCAGUUUCUCCGGCAGCUGGUCAAAUCUGUGGACGAGCGGGGAAGGCUGCUGGACUACGCCACAGGAGACAAGAUCACUUGGUGGGAGGAAAAAAGGACGUGCAAGAUUACGACGGCGGUGUCGACAAAGGAGAGGCAAGAAAUCAAAGACCUCUUCGCCUUUGAAUUAGCCUUGGCGACGGCGAAGAAGGUCGCGGAGGCAGACGGUUUGCCUCUGAGGCUAAAAUUUCUGGAGAACCUGUCGCCCGUGCAAACGUUUUACGUGAGCUAUUGCAGCAACUUUUGUGGGGCACGCGAAGAGCAAGAGAUGUGCGACUUGGCGAUGAAGUCCUCGGAAUUUGUGGACGCCUUCGCCUGUGUCUGGCGUGGUGUAGAUCUCGGGUGCCUUUUUGUAUAA